UCUUACCAAUUUACAAAAACUCUCAAACUCUCUGCUUCAUUCCACUUCUUCCCUCCGUCUCAGAUUCUUUUGUUUCUUUCUUCUUGAACCCUUAAACAAAAUGGCUUCGGCCAACGAAAAAGAUGAUAUUCCCAUGCUUCCAAUUUCAGACUCAUCAUCUCGUACCAGAGCUCGUAGCGUUUCCAUCUCAACCCCUACUUCCUCCUUUGACAACUCAACUGUGGUUUUAGGCUACACGGGUCCUCUUCGAACUCAUCAGAGACAUCUUCCUUUAGUUCAAGUAAGUGGUCCUCGUAUACGGUAUACCUCUUCUCGCAACCCUGAACCUCUCUUUCUUCCUCAUCCUUCUACUACUUCUUCUGGUGUCUAUACUCAGGUUGAGAGAUAUCCUUCUGACGUUCUCGAACAUAAAAACUCCUCAGACAAUGAAAAAGUUUUGAAACACGCGAAAUUAGGAAUGUGCAAUGACCCUUACUGUACCAUUUGCCCUUAUAAUUACAACCAUAAGGCAGCUCAAGUUCCACAUGCCAGAGUUUCUCCCGAUGUUGAUUCCACGCUGUGUGAUGGUGCUAAAGCUUGGGCUAGGCGAUUUGCUUCCUCUGUUAAUGUAAUCGUGAAUCCUCAUAACAAACAUGUUAAAAGAUGGAGCAAAUUUUUUGCCGUUUCAUGCUUGUUAGCCAUAUUUAUAGAUCCUCUCUUCUUCUUCCUUGUAAAAGUCCACGAGAAACACAAAUGCAUUAUGAUUGACUGGCCGAUGACAGACGUAUUUGUAGUUGUUAGAAGUUUAACAGAUUUUGUAUUUUUUAUAAACAUUCUACUUCAGUUCCGAAUGGCCUAUGUAGCUCCUGAGUCUCGUGUGGUUGGUUUUGGCAAGUUAGUGAGUGAUCCUCUUAAAAUAGCCCUUCAUUAUGUCCGAGGGAAGUUUUUCCUUGAUUUGUUCAUACUGAUGCCAGUUCCGCAGAUAAUGAUAUUAUGUAUAAUACCAAAAUACUUGGUGAGCUCAAUCAACAAUAACCAUGUGAAAUUCCUUUUACGAGCUGCAGCUCUUUUCCAAUACAUUCCAAAGUUAUGUAGACUUCUACCAUUUCUUGCUGGACAAUCACCAACCGGAUUCAUAUUUGAGUCAACUUGGGCUACUUUUUUCAUUAAUCUUCUCACCUUCAUGCUUGCUGGACAUUUUGUUGGCUCUUGCUGGUAUCUUUUGGGUCUGCAGAGCGUUAAGAGAUGCAUGCAUGGUCAAAUUAGGAAUCUUCGUUGGGUUGAUGAACCUAAAAUUUUUAUCGAUUGUGCUCAUAGAAGUAAUGCAUCGAGGUUACAACUAGCUCUCUGGAAAGAAAGUCCUGGUUUUGAUGCUUGUUUCCAAGAAGAUGGUUUUCCUUAUGGAAUCUAUUUAAAAGUAGCCAAUCUUACCUAUCAUUCUAGUAUCUUCACAAGAUACACUUACUCUCUCUUCUGGGGUUUUCAGCAAAUCAGCACUCUUGCUGGUAACCAAGUCCCAACCUACUAUCUACCGGAGGUCCUCUUUACUAUGGGUAUCAUCGGAUUAGGACUAUUGCUUUUCGCACUUCUUAUUGGUAACAUUCAAAAUUUUCUUCAAGCUCUUGGUAAAAGGAAUUUGGAAAUGACACUAAGACAGCGUGAUGUGGAGCAAUGGAUGAGCCAUAGACGGUUGCCAGAUGGUAUAAGAAAGAGGGUGCGAGAAGCUGAGCAGUUCAACUGGGCUGCUACUAGAGGCGUUAACGAAGAAUUGCUCUUUGAGAAUAUGCCUGAUGACCUUCAAACAGAUAUAAGACGACACCUCUUCCAAUUUCUCGAGAAGGUGAAAAUAUUUUCUUCACUGGAUGAAUCAAUCAUAGAUGCUAUCCAUGAGAGGCUGAAACUGAGGACAUACAUAAAGGAUAGCAAAGUGUUACGAAAAAAAGGUCCAGUUAAGAAAAUGGUAUUCAUAGUGAGGGGUGAGAUGCAGAGCAUCAAUGAGGAGGACCGUUCUGUUCUGACAUUAUCGGAAGGCGACGUUUGUGGUGAAGAACUCCUCACCUUGUGCACCAAACGCUCCGGUGGGACGACAAUAAAGAUGCCACCAAAGGGAUUGGUAAUUAGCAACAGAGAUGUUACGUGUAUCACAAACGUGGAGGCGUUUUGGCUGAGUGUAGCAGAUAUUGAAGAUCUUGCGAGCUUGUUCUCGAGAUUCCCAAGGAGCCAUAGAGUCCAAAGAGCCACGAGGAACGAUUCUCCCUAUUGGAGGCUACGUCAGAUUCAAGUGGCUAGGAGAAACCGAAGGAAACAGCUUCAGAGAGGAUACACUGCUUAGUCUAGCUAGUUACAGCCGUUGGAUUUUUGUAUAAUAAAAUAAGAUGCUUCACUUGAAUUCAAAAAUUAUUUUUCGUAAAAAUGUGAAUUAAUGUCGUAAACCAUCUCCAAUGGCUAAAAUGUGAACUAAUGUAAGACCAUGCAUCUCCAAUUGUCAAAUGUGGUAUAUGGCAGGGAGAAAGUACAGGCAAGUCUCAGAUGGCUUUAGAGAAGAUUGUGGAAGGGCGUCUCCGUAAACAUUUUGAAGAAGUUGCUCUAAUGGAGCAAAAGUUUAUUGUGAAUGAUGCUAUAACAUUAAGGUAUGUAGAUUUAGCUUAUAACACCAAGUUUUGCCGCAUGAUUAUCUCUGCAUUGCUUGUCAUCGCUUGUUUAAUGGAACUUUUGAGUUCCUAUUCCACAGACACUGGUGGAUAAUUUGUCCAAGGAGGUGGGUUCACCUGUGAAGGUUUCCAAUUUUCUGAGAGUCGAGGUUGGAGAAGGAAUCGAAAGGCUUGAAGCAUCUGAUGAACCUCUUGCUCAAACUGCUUGAAGAUGACGUGGAUCAAGGACUUGUGUUAGAUUUACAAACCACUUUCUUUCUUUGAGUCCUUUAGAAUUCAUGGCUUCAGUGCCAUCUUGAGAAUACAGAAUCUUUCCCAUAAUUUUGUUGUUAUAAAAACCGUCAGUUUUGCCACACAAUAUGGCAAUAAGAUCAAUGAUUGUACCUUCGGAAGCUAUGACAGUUACCAUUGUUUGUGUUCU